UGAUGCGAGGCAACUGCAGCUCACCAACUACAGAUUGCUCCACCUUUACCCUUUUUCCCCUUAUUACCUAUCUGCUUUGUGCUUCUCUAGAGCUUCCACUUCGCGUCUCGACUUACCGGAGCAAGAACUUUGCCAGCAUGGGCGACGUUGAGAACGGCCGUAAGCCCCCCUCGGCCGGCGUUGACGUUGAUUCUAAGACGCCUCCCCGGGCCGAAGAGGAGGUCUCCGUCGACGCCGGCGACAACAUUAGCGGCAUUCUGCCCGAAGGCCAAGUAGACCCCGUCUACGAGAAGAAAGCAAAGAUCCUCAACCGGGCAAUCCAAGAGAUCGGGAUGGGAUGGUACCAGUGGCAACUCUCCAUAGUCAUCUCGUUCGGGUGGGCUUCGGACAACCUCUGGCCGAUCGUGACGUCGCUCAUCCUGCCGCCCGUGACCAACGAGUUCCGGCAGGAGCGGCCGCCGCUGCUGACGCUGAGCCAGAACAUCGGCCUCCUGGCGGGCGCCCUCUUCUGGGGCUUCGGCUGCGACAUCUUUGGCCGCCGGUGGGCCUUCAACCUGACGUUGGGCAUCACGGCCGUGUUCGGCAUGGCGGCCGCCGGCUCGCCCACCUUCGCCGCCAUCGGCGUCUUCGCCGCGCUCUGGUCCUUCGGCGUGGGCGGGAACCUGCCCGUCGACUCGGCCAUCUACCUCGAGUUCCUGCCGGCGUCGCACCAGUUCCUGCUGACCGUCCUGUCGGUCGCCUGGGCCGUCGCCCAGGUCGUCGCCACGCUGAUCGCCUGGCCGCUGCUGGGCAACCUGACGUGCGAGCAGGGGGAGGGGGCCGCGACAUGCGCGCGCGAGGACAACAUGGGCUGGCGCUGGUUCCUCAUUUGCGUCGGCGGGCUGACGGUCAUCAUGUUCGUCAUCCGCUUCUGCGCCUUCACCAUCUUCGAGAGCCCCAAGUACCUGAUGGGCAAGGGCAGGGACGAGGAGGCUGUCCGGAUCGUCCACGAGGUCGCGCGGCGGAACGGGAUGGCGACCUCGCUGACCGUCGAGGACCUCAAGGCGGUCGAGCCCGAGGGCUACGUCCCGCCGGCCAGGGCCGCGGACGCGCUCAAAAGGAACCUGGAGGAUGUCAGGCUAGACCGGGUGCAGGCAUUGUUCGCAACGAAGAAGCUCGCGCUGUCGACCUCGUUAAUCAUGGGAGUCUGGGCCUUGAUUGGGCUCGGAUACCCGCUUUACAAUGCAUAUAUUCCCUAUGUGCAGCAGUUGCGUGGGGCUGAUUUCGGGGACGGCUCGACCUAUCUCACUUAUCGAAACUCUUUGAUUAUAGCCGUCCUGGGAGUGCCGGGCGCGCUGAUCGGCGGAGUUCUGGUCGAGACCAAGAAAGUCGGGCGGAAAGGCGCGCUUGCGGCCUCGACCAUCCUGACGGGCGUGUUCCUGUACGCAUCGACGACUGCGGUCAACUCGAAGUCCCUCCUCGGUUGGAACUGCGCUUUCAGUUUCUUCUCAAACAUCAUGUACGCGGUCCUCUACGGCUUCACUCCGGAGCUGUUCCCCACGCCGCAGAGGGGUACGGGGAACGCCCUGACAGCGACCUGCAACCGCGUCUUCGGUAUCAUGGCGCCCAUCGUGGCCAUGUUUGCCGACCUCAACACCGCCGCGCCGGUGUAUACCAGUGGAGCCCUGUUCAUCGCUGCUGGUCUUAUGGUCCUUGGGCUGCCGUUCGAGUCGAGGGGAAAGGCGGCCUUGUGAGGCGUAAUGGAUGGGCGUUUUGCUGGCUAGGUUGGCUGGUUAAUCUCGGCGUUGCCAGUGCGAGAGCACGACGGGAGGGACAGAAAGCAGUCGCUCUUGUUAGAAAAUCAAGUGCUUUUCCUGGGCUGCGGAUGGCGUGUUGCCCCCGAAAUCCGACCGUUGUAUCCCGGCUCCCAAGUUCCACUCCAGUCCUUCAGAUGGUUUCCAUCAACUACCUCCCUCAUCUGGGUACCUGGGCAGGUCAGGAACCACAAAUAAAUACUGAGGCUGUGUCGCUAUUCUUAGCUGUCAUUGAUCCGAACGUACGCCAUCAACUGCUUCCUGUAGUUACCGAUCAGGUAUGUCGUGAUAUGACUUGUAGAGG